ACCCAUUCACGAACAGUGUGCUAGUCAGAGAGAGCUGAGCAGAGCACCUCUAAAAUGAAAUUCGGAAGAACCAACCAAUAGCUUUUCCUUUUCUCUCAGCCGCCAUACGAUUCAUUCAUUCCACCCACCACCACCGUUCACAUCCUCAAUCGAACUCACACUCUCACUCGUAAACGGGUGGUAGCGAUGUCGACUCCGGCUAGGAAGAGGCUGAUGAGAGAUUUUAAGAGGCUGCAACAAGACCCACCUGCAGGAAUCAGUGGUGCCCCUCAGGAUAACAACAUAAUGCUCUGGAAUGCUGUCAUAUUUGGUCCUGAUGAUACUCCAUGGGAUGGAGGUACGUUUAAGUUGACUCUCCAAUUUACUGAGGACUAUCCUAACAAGCCACCCACUGUGAGAUUUGUCUCUAGAAUGUUUCACCCAAACAUUUAUGCGGAUGGAAGUAUCUGUUUGGACAUAUUGCAAAAUCAGUGGAGUCCUAUAUAUGAUGUAGCUGCUAUUCUCACUUCUAUCCAGUCAUUGCUUUGUGACCCCAACCCAAAUUCUCCUGCAAACUCGGAAGCAGCUCGAAUGUUCAGUGAGAACAAGCGUGAGUACAAUCGAAGAGUGCGGGAAAUUGUGGAGCAGAGUUGGACAGCUGACUAAAGCUCAUCUUUAUAUGCUUGUGGGACUUUGAAGGUGUGAAUUAGGUUGCAUUGCUACCUAUAAGAAUCAUAAAUCAUAAUGCAAACUUCUGAAUUCUAUGUCAUGUAUUCCUUCUUUUGAAUGUUAGGGUCUUCUUGUCUUCAAUUCAUGGUAGCUUAUGCAUCGUCCAUGUAUCAUGUAAUAUAAAAUUCCUGUCAACUUGCAUCAGAUUGUUGUUAACAUGGUUCAAUGUAUAAGUUAUAGUCUUCUGAA